AUGGGUACCCAGCCGACAAGCGGUGUGACGACUGUCAAGCAGAACGAGGUCAUUAUACCUGAUCUCACCAUUAAAGACCUACUCAGUUCCAUUCCUUCACAUUGCUUCAAACGGUCGGCUCUUCGGUCGUCCACGUACAUUGCAUGGGACUGCUUUGUGAUUGGCCUUACUUAUAAAGCUGCCAACUAUCUCGAUGCCUUGAUUACGCCGGAGUAUCUAAGCCUGCCCUACGCCUCCCUUUAUUCUGCUAUUCGCUUCUCCGUUUGGGCGUUGUACGGGUUUUGGACGGGUUUGUUCGCAACGGGUAUCUGGGUUAUUGCGCAUGAAUGUGGCCACCAGGCGUUCUCCGAAUCCAAGUUUGUUAACAACAGCGUUGGAUGGGUGCUUCACUCCGCAUUGGGUGUUCCAUACCAUUCUUGGAGAAUCAGUCACGCCAAGCACCAUGCCUCAACUGGUCAUAUGACUCAAGACCAAGUCUUCGUGCCUAAAACGCGUUCACAACUUGGCUUACCUGCCUUGAACCCGACGAAGGAAGAUAUAUUGGGCUCCAGUGUUAGCGACGAAGUCAAACGGGAGCUCUGGGAGGCCGUCGGUGAUUCCCCAAUUGGUGCUUUGCUUGGCUCCGCUAGUUAUCUGCUCGGGGGAUGGCCAGCUUACCUGAUCCGCAAUGCUUCCGGUCAGAAACGCUAUCCCAAGGGUACCAGCCACUUCAACCCGAAGGCAGUUAUCUUUGCGCCUCAUCAGUACGGUGCGGUUAUCUUAUCGGACAUUGGAGUCUUGCUUUGGCUUGGUGCCGUAGCUGCUGCAAUUAGCACAUACGGCUUCGUAACCGUAUUCCGCCUUUAUCUCGUCCCUUACCUCUGGGUCAAUCACUGGUUGGUUUUGAUCACAUUCCUCCAACAUACCGACCCCCUUCUUCCCCACUACCGCGCUCCUGAAUUCACUUUCGUCCGCGGUGCCCUUGCUACUUUAGAUCGCAACCUCCUUGGUGAUUGUGGCUCUAUUAUGGCUUGGAUUGGGGCCCACGCAACUCAUGGAAUUUCGGAAACCCAUGUCUUGCAUCACGUGUCCAGCAAGAUCCCACACUAUAAUGCUUGGGAAGCUUCUGCUGCGCUCCACAAGCGCCUGGAACAAGCCGGGCUUGUGCUUCAGGGUGCCCCUGGUGGGUGGAGGGAGGUCUACCGCGUGUUCAAGGAAUGCAAGUUCGUGGAGGAUGAGGGUAAUGUCAUCUUUUACAAGAACGCCCACGGAUUGGCUGCUAGCCGGCCCAAGUUCAAUGACGGUAAUGCAAGUGAUUCUGGUGUUGAAAUCGAGAAACUCUAG